AUUAAAACUAAAAAUUUAAAUCAAUUAGCAUUUUAGGAUAUCUAUAAUAUUAUUUUAAGCGGAAAAAUUAAGGCUCCAUAAACAACACCUACAAAUACAAAAAGAUUAAUAAAAGAAAUGGAAAAGGAAAAUCCAAGUAAUAAUUUAAGUAAAAGAUUUCCAUUUUUGCAGCAGGCUUCAGUCACAUUCCCUGUAUUGUAAUCCAUUCUUCCGGCCUUUUCUCUUUCUACUGGGGUUUUUGGUUUUUUCGCCCCCCACUUCCCUUUUGCUCUCACCCUCUGAACUCUUUUCUUUGGCUUCAGUUUGUUCUUCUGUAACGAUCCCUUUUCUGUAUUGCUCGAGACAUUUUACAUCAACGAGCUGACCUCUGUUUAGUUGCCUAUUCACCUUUGUUUAUCCGCUGAAUGAAGGAAAAAGGGUUGGUCUUUGUUAUAGCAUUGGAAUUUGAAAAUUGAAACUUUCUAAUAGUUCUGUUGAUUUCUCUUGACUGCUAAGUGGUUUUCCACUCUGGGUUUUUGGGGUUUUAAGUGAUAAAGAUUCAAACUUUGGCUUUGGGGUUUUUUUUUUUUUUUUUUCUGGGCUGAGCUUCUUCUGUCUGGGCAGAUUGAAAUGUAAUUCUUUCUCCUCUAGGAAUAAGUGUUUUUUUAUGCAAUACUGAAUCUAAGAGAGGAAAAGGGAACUUUCUUGGCCCCUUAACUUUUACAGAGACUGAAGGUUAUGAUCGAGGCUGGAGCUGAAAGGAAGUGGAUUGAGCUUGUUCUGGUUUGAGGCGACUUUAGAGAUAUGAUCAAGCAAAUAUUUGGUAAAAUCCCUCGAAAGCAGCCCAAAGCAUCCUCUGGGACUUCCACCAUUUUAGGCUCUUCCUCAAAUGGUGGUACAAAAAAGAGGACGGAAGGAAAUAGUAACACAAAGUUGGGGGAUUCUUCUGCUGUCCAUACAGUUUUAUCUGUUGACAACAGCUCUAUGUCUACCGGCGAUAAUUAUAGUAGGUCAGAGACGAGUAAUGGGGCGACUUUGGCUAUAACUGCUGAUUCAUAUGAAGCAUUGCCAAGCUUUAGGGUUGUUCCAAGUUCUGAAAAGCAGAACUUGCUUAUCAGAAAGCUGAAGAUGUGUUGUGUUGUUUUUGACUUCUCUGAUCCUACCAAGAAUCUCAAGGAGAAAGAGGUUAAGCGACAGACUUUGUUAGAGUUAGUGGAGUAUGUGACUUCCGCCAAUGUGAAAUUCACUGAAACUGCAAUGCAAGAAGUUGUUGAAAUGGUGAGUACAAAUUUAUUUAGAGUUCAUAGUCCUCAGCCACGGGAGAACACCAUCUUGGAUGGGCUGGAUGCAGAUGAAGAGGAGCCUGCUAUGGACCCUGCAUGGCCACACUUGCAAAUCGUAUAUGAGUUUCUGCUGAGGUUUGUCGCGUCACCUGAAACCGAUGCAAAAGUAGCUAAAAGAUAUAUCGAUAGCUCAUUUGUUCGAAAGUUGCUUGAUCUUUUUGACUCUGAAGAUCCUAGGGAAAGGGAGUACUUAAAAACUAUCCUACAUCGUAUAUAUGGGAAGUUCAUGGUUCACAGGCCUUAUAUCCGGAAAGCUAUCAACAACAUAUUCUACCGUUUUAUCUUUGAAACUGAGAAGCACAACGGCAUAGCUGAGCUUCUGGAAAUAUUGGGCAGCAUAAUCAACGGGUUCGCACUUCCGCUUAAGGAAGAACAUAAGCUUUUCUUGGUCAGAGUGUUGAUUCCCUUACAUAAACCAAAAUGCCUGGGAAUGUAUCAUCAGCAACUCUCGUAUUGUAUUACGCAGUUUGUGGAAAAGGAUGCUAAGCUUGCUGACAUUGUAGUUAGGGGAUUGUUGAAGUUUUGGCCUGUCACAAGUAGCUCCAAGGAAAUUUUGUUCCUUAAUGAGUUGGAGGAAGUAUUGGAAGCUACCCAGCCACCGGAAUUUCAGCGAUGUAUGGUGCCUUUAUUUCAGCGAAUUGCCCAUUGCUUAAACAGUUUGCACUUUCAGGUGGCUGAGAGAGCUCUGUUCUUGUGGAAUAACGAUCAUAUUGAAAACCUCAUCAAACAGAACCGAAAGGUUAUACUUCCACUUAUUUUACCUGCAUUGGAGAGAAAUGCUAGACACCAUUGGAAUCAGGCUGUCCAUGGCUUGACUUUAAAUGUACGCAAAAUAUUCUAUGAUCUCGACCCUAAAUUAUAUGAGGAGUGCUCGAUCAAGUUCCGAGAAGAUGAAACAAAACAAGAUGAGGUCAGAGAGAAGCGACAUGCUACAUGGAAUCGCUUAGAACAAAUUGCUGCAGAAAACUCAGGUAGUAAUCAACAAGCUGUACUGCGUGUUUCUUAGUUGAUCCUGCCUCAUCCCAUUUCAGGUUAGAAAUAUAUAUAUUGUUUAGAUGCCUUCAUUCUCAAUGAGCCUGUCACUCUGAAGGUCCAUGAUUACGAGCUUUAUUAUAUUGUGUCUUUUUUGCCUUUAUGAGGCUCGGGCAGAGCUGGGGCCAGUCGGGAUGUAGUUGCUAAUGAGUGGUAGCGUUGAAUGUAGGGUUAUUCUUGUUGGCUUAUUUAUUGACCGGGAAGUUGGACAUAGUUGUGAAGAUUGUUAUUAGCCAAAGGAGAAAAGCACCAAGCAUAGGUUUUUGUUAUGUAAAAGAAUGAUUUAACUCAAAUCUCUUUUUGGUUUGGUGGAAGGAACAUUAUUUGCAUCAAGAUACCAAACCCAUAAACUUCUUAAAGCCAGAAAAUUCUUAUGUUUGAAAUCACUUGGAAAACCUAUUCGGACGUUUUAGAAUUGGUGCAACUGAAAGAGCAAGCAUCAUUGUAUUUUUUGCGUAUUUUUUUGUGACAAUCACAUUCAACAAUUUGCAAACUAAGCAAUAGUCAUGUAGAGACUUCAACGGAGGCCCUAGUAAAGAAACUAGGAGAGCCAAAUAAAACGAUUCGUAAUCAUUGUCUGAAUUAUUAAUAUUUAACAUAAUAAAUGGAACAAACAUUUUUGAGACAAAAUGAAUACUAAAACAUCUAUUAGCGGUCAUCAAAUUGGAGGCUCCAUUCAUACCAAUAUAUCACCACAAAUUUGGUUGGAUCUUCCAAAAUCUCUUGUCAUCAACGCUCUGAUAACAGCCUUUUCCUCCAACUCCGCUUCAUUCCUCAACUUGUCAAUCAUCCCUUUCAAUCCAACCUUCUCCAUCACUGCUACCUCGUAGCGGUUAUCAGCAUAUUGUAACCUCUUAAGCAAAUAAGAAUUGUUAGAUUCCUCUUCACUCAAUCGCGAUUCCAAUUCCUCCUUCUUAGCGAUUCUUUUCGCCCUAACCCUUCUCGAGGCUUCUCUGUUAUUCGCCCUCUUCAUCACCUUCUUAUCAACAACAUCACUUUUGACUCUUUCAUCAUCUUCAGCAUCAACUUGAUGAUGAUCAGGAGUUGCAUCAAGAUUUAAGGCUACAACUUCA